AUGGCUUUCAAAAUUUCUAUAAAUAGCCUGGAUUUGUGUCUUUUCAAAAUCAGUUUGAAUUUCGAACGUAUAGAAGAAAAACGAAGAAGUUAUAGGCCCUCGAAGGAAGAAAAGAAGAGAACUCUGGUGGAAAUGAAAAUUGUGAUCCAACUUUUUUUGCUCUUGGCCACCUUCGCCGCCUUGGUGUGCUCCAAUGACGACGACAAUGAUUUGCUGGCAAUAAAUCGAAAACACCAUCAACAGGUUAUGGAGCACUUACGAACCGACUUCGAUCCCUGUAGCCAAUACUAUGAAUAUGUGUGUGCAAAACGGCAGAGCAGUGAUGACGAUAAUUCGGAAGCCAUGAACAUGGAAAUAAAGGAAUAUUUGGAAAAGACCCCAUUGGAGGAGAUGCCCGAAUUUGGUAAAGCUUUCAGGGAUUUCUUUGAAUCCUGUAUGCAGGAGGACAAAUUUGAUUGGUCGAAAUUUAUACAACGUGUGGAGCAGGAGGAAAAUAUGAAAUGGUCACUAUUUCUGACACCGAACAGCAGCAACCGCCAUGAGGGUGUGGUUUUGUAUUGGCCCUCAACAUUGGCCACAUUUCGUAAAUAUGGUUUAAAUGAUAUUUUACUAAGCGUAUCUCGGGUAUAUCGAAAUGCCACCAACUUUUGGCUUUACCUGGAUAAUCCCCUAACACUGGACCUGGUGGAAGACGAUGAGAGGCAUGAAUAUCAGCAAGCCAUAAAACUUCCGCCAGAAGCAAUGAUGACAUUAGAGGAUUUGUGGCCAAGGAUUAGUGCAUUUGAGGAAGAAGUAGAAAACAUUGAUUCUCUUCGCUGGAGUGGAGAGGAGGGAACAUUUAAAUUCAAUCAGCUGCCCUAUCCUUGGUUACAAAAAUACAUCGGCACUUUAAUGGAAUCUCAGGAUAUUGAGGCUAAUGUGGAAAUAGUUAUUUCUGACAUGGCCUAUAUGAAAGCCCUGGAUCGGCUGGUUCGGGAAUACGGCAACGAUUUCAUCUGUCGUUAUUUGGAAAUACGUUUUAUCAAACAUUUGGGGAUGGAGAACGAUAAGCGUGGUUCGCUCAACAAAUGUAUGUCCUAUGCAAAACGAUUCAUGCCCAUGGCCACUGAAUGGAUCUAUGGACAAAUACAUCCCGAGUUAAUUGCCGAAAUACCCAAAAUCCACGAACAUUUUGAACAGGUCCGAUACAAUAUUAACAAAACACUGCACACGCACAACAAUGGCAUAAUAGCCCCCGAGUUUCUUAGGAAAUUGCAGACCAUGCACUUCAAGGUGGGUAAUUUGCCACAAGAAAAUACCACGGAGCUCUUGGAAAACUACUACCUGCGUUUGAAAACAAACUCCGGUGAUUAUUAUGGCAACUAUUUGAAAUUAUUGAAAUUCCAUAGAGAUGUGAUAGACGACAUGUCCGAAAGUUACAAAAACCUCGAUAAUCUGCAGGCGGAUAAGGCAUUUUUCUUUAAAACACCCAACAUCGAAGCCGAAUCCGAUAUCCAUCCACAAUAUAUUGCGAAUAUGAAUCUCUUGAUAUUACCACUGGGUGUUUUACGACCGCCGGUAUACCAUGUUGGCUUUGAGAAUCUCUUCAAAGUCAGCUCCUUGGACACUCUGCUGGGCGUCAGCGUAUUUGCUGCUUUUCCUCGGCUCUAUAAGGAUCUAAGUAUUUAUGCGAUACCACAAAUUGUUGGCAUCACAAGUUUACACUCAUCGUUUGAGACAUUUUUCUCAUCCCUACCAGCUGACGAGAUGGAAAAGUAUCUGAAAAUGUUCGAUCUGACGUCGUUGCAGCAACUGCAACAGCUGUUCUUUGCCAAUGCCAUACAACAUCAAUGCACUUGGCGUUUCUAUAAAUCGCGUCAUGUCAAUACUGUUACCAAUCACUUGGCCGAAUUCAUUGAGGCAUACGACUGUAAAGCCCUCAAAUUGUUGAGAAAGUUUUGA